AUGUUCGCUAACAAAUUACGUUCUAAUAUCACUAAAUCAAUCAAUAUGUCUUCCAAGAGAUUAUCUUCUUCAAUUGUUCCAGUUAAAACUGCCAAUGCCCCACCACCUGCAGCCUCUUACUCACAGGCUAUUAAGGUCAAUGGCUUCAUCUACGUUUCUGGACAGAUUCCAUACACCCCAGAUAACAAGCCAUUAUCGGAAAAUCCAUCUAUUCCAGAACAAGCUGAACAAGUUAUUCAAAAUGUUUCUAACAUCUUGGAAGCAUCCAACUCUUCGUUGAAGCACAUUGUCAAGGCUAACAUUUUCUUGACAGACAUGCCAACUCAAUUCCCCCAAUUCAACCUGGUUUACGGUAAGUACUUCUCCGAACACAAGCCUGCUAGAUCAUGUGUUGCCGUCAAGGCUUUACCUUUAGGUGUUGACUUAGAAAUGGAAGUUAUUGCCAUUGAGAAGGAAGAUCCAAAGUUGUAA